AUGCGGGAGCGGAAGGACAAGGACACGCCCAACGCGUCGCGGGUUUACCUUCGGAUCAAGGAGUCCAUCAUCAACCACGUGGAUCAGGAGGUGCUGGUGGGCACCCUAAAGGAAGCGUUGCUGGUGUCGCCGGUGUACGCGGGGGACCGGAGCAAUAUGAACCCCAAGCAGAAGGCGGACUUGGAGAAGGACGUGGAGGCGUGGAGGGAUCGUCGUGCGGCGAUGGAGGCGGCACGUCGGUCCGCCCUCUCUUCCCGGCCGUACCCCGGCGAGGACGAGGAACCCGUGUCGCCGCCGCCGGCCUCGCCGCCGCCGCCAGGCUACUUCGACGGCCUCGGCGACUUCCAGGACGAUGAGUUACACGCGUACGGCAUGAACGACGACGCCGGCGGCGGCAGCGACGCCGGCGGCGGUUACAAGGUUUCGGAGGCGGACGCUGACGCGGAGACGUACGGCGAUACUGGGGAGCCUUUGAAACGGCGGCGGAGGGACUCCGGUCUCGGGGAGGAGCAGGUUCCGGAGCAGGAAGACGAAGACCGUCCUAGGGGGCGAUUAACCAGCUGGGGUUUUGACGUGGAUGAGCCGUGUCCGGGUUGCCCGAUGUACGAGGGGUACGGCUUUGACUGA